UCCUUGGGGAGGAGAAUGCGCCCGGCGGCCCCGCCCCUCGCCCCGCCCCUCAACGACGACGCCCGAGGCGAAAAAAAGGCGGGAAACGCGGCCGCCAUUUUGGCCGCCAUGGAGACUGAGGAACAGAGGUUGAAAGCAGCUUUUCAUUACACUGUUGCCUGCUUGUGCGAAGAAGUUGCUGAAGAUAAAAACAUAAAGUUUAGCAGACAGACCAUUGCAGCUAUUUCUGAGAUCACCUUUAGGCAAUGCGAAAUUUUUGCAAAGGACCUUGAAAUGUUUGCCAAGCAUGGAAAACGGAGCACCAUUAAUGUUGAAGAUGUGAAACUUUUGGCUCGAAGGAGCAACUCAUUGUAUCUUCAGGCGCCGGCAGACCUACAAAAGAAGGAAUUACUUGUUCUUCUCUCGGGGCUGACCGAACGGGCAUCAUACCGGAAUGUGUCCCAUCUGUCAAGGCAGGAGAAGAUCGUAGCCAGCCCGUGGGAAGAGAGAGCACCUGUUCCUCAGCCCGCCACUCGGGAAAAAGCACCCUGUAAAAACUUCUUCUGGAAAACCUUCUCCUCUUGCUAGCAAAUGGGUUUCCUGCACCGAUGGACUCAGAGUGGAUUUGACUGGUGACUUUGGGGUGUAAACGCUUCUGUAAUUCAAUUUCACUUUCCUUUCUCUUGGUAUUAGAAGCGUUGCAUACAGAAAGUGUUGUUUGUAUAAGGGUGGGAUCUCCUGAUUCCUGCGCAGAUGCUCCUGCCAGCCUUUCAUGGUGUCCCGUCCCCCCCCCGGGUCUCUCGUGUGGCAAAACAAACCUUGCUCGUGUUUUAAAUGUACUUUGGUUCUAUAUAGAAUAUAUACUGUAUGAAGAGAAUCGUUGCUCUUCCGUUUGACAACACCCAUCAGCAAAACGGGCUCGUAAACCAUCCUCAGGCUUCUGCUUAAUUUAACAAGAAAAAAAAAAAAGUAUGGAUCUCAAAUCUGUAAAAUUCCUAUCCAAGCUGUUUCCCAAAGGGAAAAAUCGAAAUUAUUCCUUCUUCUGUGAAAUACGUAAUUUUACUUGUAGGUGGUACCAGCAGUUCAGAUAGACAGUAGAGGCAGACCUAACAGGAUAACCACAUACUAUAAAGUUGAGGAAGGAUGUAUACAGAAAGAAUUCAGAACUCUGAGCAAGCUGGCACCCCUUUUUUUCUUCUGCUUCAGUGGCUCAAAGACAAUUUUAUUGUGGUCAUCUCAGCUCCCGGGGAUUUAUGCAGGCUGAAGACCAUCAAAUUUCAGGCACAUUCUUAUCCCAAAAGUUGAGAAUGUGAUUUCCUAAAAUAAAAUACAGAAAAGAGAAGAUAGCCUACAUGUUAUGCUUUUAGGCUGUUUUUGUGGGGCUUCUGCAAAGCUACCCUGUAUUCACAAUUUUGACUGCAUUUUCGCAAACGUGUUGAAAACGCCAGAAGCCAAGUUCUAAACUUAAAAAAUAUACGAAGGCGUGCUAGAAUGGAGAGAGCCACUUUCAAACCCUUGCUGAGUGCAUUUUUUUUGUAAGUGUCACUAAAAGCGCAGUUUCCAUGUUUGUACUGACAGAAUUGUUGCACGCCACUUAGAGCAGUUGGCAAGGGAACAGAAGCAGAAGCCCCACUUGGGCAUUUAUUCCGAUUCAGCGUUACAGCCUCUGAAGUGCUGUUGUGAGAAAAGUCUAGGGGGGAAAAAAAAUCCCCAGCAUGUCCAUUGUCCAAUUGAGGGUUUUCUGCGCCCUUUAAUAUGUACAGCAUUAUUUAAACUGUCAUCCUCUGAAUGGAAGAGAAACAACACAAACGCAACUAUUGUAAGACGCCUUUAAGAGUUCCACAAAGAUGCUUUGGGGCAAGCGAAGAAUGCUGUAUGCCAGUUUGUCUUUCCUGUUUUGUUUUGUUUGCCAGUGCCGAGUUGUUUCCCCAUACAAUUGUUCCAUGCCGAAAUAAAACAUUACUACAUGUA